AUGCCCCUCAUCCCUGACGAAUCGAAUAAUCUUGUGUCGCACCAUAUUUUUUCAACUCCACCCGAACGUCUAGUUACAAGAAGCACUCCAGCCUCCGCCGUUCACAGUCGGGAAACCUCCGCCGUUAGAGGAAGAGCCGCCGACCCAUCCGCCCUGGCCCCUUCGACCCUACAACCUCAGAAUAACCGUCGUGGUCAAUCUCACUCAAAAAGCCCCGAGGCUGCUGGUGCAAGACCCGGACCAGGUUAUGAUGUUGGCCUGGAAAGACCACCGUCCAACUCCUAUGGUCAUCAUCGGCAGACCUCGAUCGUCCAUGGGAUUCAACACUCUCGAAACCCCAGCUUCGCCAAUUCCAACACCUCGACAAGUCCGCUGAGUCCUGAAUUGAUAGCCUCCCUCGGUCGUGGCGGCGCGAUGGAACCAGAAGGCCUUGGAUCUGGGCGACUGGAGCAGCUGGAUGCUCACUCGAAAUCCCAGAGUCCCGGAAGCACUAUGCAGGGCCCUUCAAGCAACGUUGAGAAUCAGGACCCAGGCACGAUUUCGAAUGGCAGCCCGGCAGUUCAGAUACACAGAAGAAUAAACUCCGGCGGCAGGAAUUGGCGAGAACGCUCUCACAGUCGUUCACAUUCGAGACCACAUCAUACAGAGUCCAAGACUGUGGGGGAAUAUGCGUUGCAUCACCUCUUCAACUCGUUUGUUGGCCUGGCGGACAAUAAGAUAAACCAAGCUAUAAUGAAACUAGGGGAGAUGGAAGCCCCUGUGGAGGAAGUUUGUGGGCCUGGAGCCGAUACAAACUUUGAUCAAUUGAUAUCUGCAUUGGGACAUAUCGCACGGCAAAAGCCAAAGCCACUGAUAGAUACCAUCAUGCUCUGGCGGAAAGCCAAAGGUGAUAACGCCAUCAUGGCCAAGCAAAAUAUGCCAAAGCCAACAGCACCUCCAGAGCUGGCGCCACUGCUUCGUCGAAACACCGAGCCAUCCCAGAUGGCUGCAGAGGGCACUGCCCAGGCCGAUGCCUCCCCUCCUAGUACCCUGCUCCAUAGACAAGACGAUGUCAUUCUGGCGGAGCGCCGUGCCACGGUAUCGGUAUAUCUUGUCUGCAGAGUACUGAUUGAGAUCUUCAACCAAAGUAGCCUCGCCUCGAUAACGGUCGACAUGGCUGGCCGACUGGAGAAUAUUGUAUUUGGUCAAAUCAACACAGUUGACCCGGACCAGAUUUCAGCGUCUCCACUCCGAAUGGCUAAUUGGAGGAUCUACGGUCAACUUCUAGGAAUCAUGAGCGAAUCGAACUUUACGAGUGUUACCAAUCGGUUUCUGACAGAACUUGACAGAAAUCAGAAAGAGGCAAGUCAACGCGGGCCGUCGAAAGAAGGGGAUGCCAGAGCUGAACUGCUGAUCCUGGGCAUGAGACACGUCCGUAUCGGGAUGAUGCCGGAUACAUGGAGUAAAUCUUGUGAUUUUAUGCGGUCACUGGCACGGUUAUUUGUCAAUGCCCAUGGGCAGCGGGUCAAGCAGGCAUACUGCUACAUCUUUGAAAAACUUCUUCUGCCGGUGGCAGCAAAUCCUGGCUGUGAUCUGUCCUUGCCCAAAUGGAAGGAAUUUAUCGAUUUGGUCCAGUCUCGCCUGUCGCAGAUGCUAACAAAACCUCGUCACUGGGCAGCCGCCUUUCCUCUGCAUGUUUUAUUGCUCUGCGUGUCAUCGAAAGAGAAUUUUUCAACCCAAUGGCUGUCUCUGAUCCUUGGCCUUCCGCCAAGGCUGAAGGACCGCCCUACGAGGGGACCUGCUCUUCAGGCGAUGUGCCGCUUAGUCUGGACAUACUUCUUCCGGUACUCGGAUUCCCCAAACAUCACGCUUCGAAAGGUCGAGGAAGUCGCUAGAGUAGCGCUCCCUGUGGGAAAAAGGACUUACCUGACCACCGAACCGACAGUGGCAGAGCCUCUCAUUCAAUUAAUACGGAUGAUUGGGUUCAAGCAUCCUGAUGUAUGCUUCCGUAAUAUCAUAUUUCCUUUGAUAAAUUCGGAACUCUUUUCGUCCGGAAAGGAGUUGAAGGUUGAACAGAUGGAACCGGAGAAAAUGGUAAUCGGCAUUCGAGCCUUUUUGGCAAUCGUGACAGAUCUGGAAAACUGCGAUCAGCUGUGCCCUCCGUUUCCUACCGGCUCGAUCCCCAAUCCAUUCACGGACACCUCAGCUACUACCUACCUACAUCGUGCUCAAUUUCUGGCGGAUCCGCGACUGCCAAGUACCUUGGAGAAUCGGGAUCCCCCAGAAUCAUCCCCAGUCAAUACUUCAAAACUGAGUGACAAUGUGAAGGAGUGUUACAUCCGCUUUUGUGAAAUCCUAGGCAAAAUCACGAUUCUAUGCGAUAAUACCUUUGGAGGCCAAGCGGCUCUUGAUGAGAAGUUUGGCGGAACAACCCCCAAGACGCCCAUUACAGAGGCUUUCAGCUUUGGAAGACGAGACGAUCAUAUGAACACUCUCGAUCAAAAGCAAGGGUUUUAUGAUUUGCUUCAUGUUGCGAUUCAAACACUUCCUCGGUGCCUGUCCGACCACAUCCCAUUUAACUCGCUUAUAAACCUACUUUGCACUGGAACAGCACAUGUUCAAACAAACAUAGCCUUUUCAUCCGCCGAGUCGCUGAAGGCAAUUGCGCGCCAGUCGCAUGCACAGCAGGUUACCAUCGGGUUUGCAAGGUUUAUAUUCAAUUUCGACGCGAGAUAUUCAACAAUGUCAGAUGAAGGCAUGCUUGGACCCGGCCACAUUGAAUCGACCUUGAGACUAUAUGUUCAAUUGCUUGGAAUUUGGAUUGAGGAGAUUAAGCGGAAGAGCAAGGGCGCAACAUCAGACCCUGAGGACAAGGCUAACUCUGGAAGUCGCGCCUUGCACCUUGACCUUUCUAGUGUGCUAGCACAUGUCGAGGAGAUUGAGUCUCAUGGUCUGUUCUUCCUGUGCUCACAGUCCAGAAGGGUUCGGGCCUUUGCUAUUACUGUACUACGGUUGAUUACCGAAUUUGAUCGUGCCCUCGGAAAAGAAAACACGAGGAUAAUCAGAAUCCUUGAAGCUGAUUCACAGCAGAUCCUCGAUGUCAAUGAUGAACAACUCACCGUUGCUGAGAGGAGUCGAAUCCAGAAAGGCAAACGAAGGAGCGCGUCGCAAAAUACCCUUAUUGAGCUUUGCAGUAGCGAGGUUUCAUAUGAUUCAACGCUGUGGUCAAAGGUAUUCCCAAACAUAAUCAGGAUCAGCUUCGAGACUUGUCCCUUUGCUGUGACCCUGGGAAGAGAAAUAGUCUGCGCAAGGCUUGUCUUGAUGCAUCGGACCAUUACGGCACUCGCUGAAAGCCAUCGGCCUCCUCAAUAUGCCAACAUGGAUGUUCCCCAAAUUCGCCCACCAGGUAGAAACAACUCGACGGCCGAGAUCCUGAUCGAACAAUGGAAAUUGUACCUUGUUAUGGCUUGUACCACGCUCAAUAGCGUCGGUGCACAGUCUCAGAGCCAGCUGGCAAACGCUCAACACGCAAGAAAAAAUUCCAAGGGGUCUCAGCAGCAGUCGCAUGACAAGAUCAGUUCUGCCAGGAGCCUUUUUGCAUUCGUUAUCCCUUUGCUGUCGGCUGAACGGGAUUCCAUUCGAAAUGCUAUUGUGGUUGCUCUUGGCUCGAUCAACAAAAACCUUUAUCGCACAUUACUCGAGUCUUUGCAAUAUGCCGUGACGACCUGCAACGAGGAAGCCAAGAUGCGAAUCGGUUCACAUCACCGAUCUCCAAGUAGCCAGCGGCGAAAUCGGAAAACGGAUAGGCUGCGAACUGAGGUUACGCAUGUCUACAAAUUGACAUCACACUUUCUUAAGGAGCCUGAGGUAUACAAAGAAGAUUGGAUUGUUAAUAACCUUGUCACGUAUACGAAGGACUUGCGACUUUUCUUGAGCGACUCUGACAUCCAAAAUGACUGGGAGUUCCAGCGCCUGCGGUUUCAUUACUGUGGGCUGAUGGAGGAGCUUUUCGAAGGCAUCAACCGUACAAGCGAUCCCUCUCGAUGGAUGCCCUUUGAAUCCAGGAAGUCAGCCUUCUCACUGAUGGAGGACUGGUGCGGGUAUUCCCCAAACCAAGCCCAGAUUUCUCAAAGGGAAGAAAAUAUGCAGAAACAGGCUUUGGGACAUCACCAUGAAACUGGAGAGCUGCGCAAUGUUGCCAUGGAGAUAGAAAAGAAAAACCUACGAGCAGCAGCUCUUAGCGCAAUGGCUUCUCUUUGUGCGGGGCCGAUUAGCAUCACCACUGAAAGUGGCUCAGUACUUCAGUUUGAUGUGGGUCGCAUGCUUGCAUGGAUUCAUAUUAUAUUCAACACAAUCAGUGAUAAGUGGCAUGCUAUUGGAAGGCAAGCACUGAAGAAUCUAAUUAUCCACAACAAAGAGCAUUCGUAUUUGUUGGAGAGAUCUAUUGAAAUGUGCUAUGUGACAGAGCGGCCGAAGACUUUGGAGAGCUACUUUGAAGUGGUUGCUGAAGUGCUUAUUGAGCAUACUGAUUAUCCCCUUGGCUUCUGGAGGAUUCUGGGGGCGGUCCUCGUUACACUUGGAAACCAGAAACGUGAGAUUCGGAUGAAAUCCGCCAAGCUACUCCGAAUACUAGAGGAGCGUCAGCAGAAGAGCUCCAGGCUCCAAGACUUCGAUAUCAGUAUCUCCGAUAAGACCACGGCUGUCUACAGACUGGCCCAAUUUGAAACGUCAAAACGAUUGGCGAAACAGCACUCCGACCUGGCAUUUACCUUGUUUUCUGAAUUCUCAUUGCAUUUCAGAAACUUGCGACCCGAUAGUCAGCGUAACAUGGUGGCGGCUAUUCUACCUUGGGUACAGACAAUGGAAUUGCAGGUUGAUCCCAAUGGCGGACCAACAGCUAGGUCAUACAUGCUUCUUGCGAACCUCUUUGAGAUCACCAUUCGAUGCAGUAGCAUAUUACCGAAUGAAGUCCAAGCGCUCUGGCAAGCGCUAGCCACGGGACCACAUGGCGGAAACGUGCAGUUGGUUCUCGAUUUCAUCAUCAGUCUCUGUUUGGAACGCAAGGAGCAAAACUUUGUCGAAUAUGCCAAGCAAGUUGUUGUCUUUCUGUCCGGAACGCCGGCCGGAUCCAAAGUCAUCGAAUUUUUCUUGAUGCAGGUCGUCCCGAAAAACAUGGUGCAGGAGAGGAAAGACAUUACACCAGCACCCACGGACACCAAAAGUCUCCCGUAUGUUGCUGAUCUGAGCACUGUGCUUCCAGUUGGCAACAAGCAAGCAGGACUUUCUCUGGGACAAGUUGCACUGAUCUUCCUCGUGGACCUAAUGGUUGCCCCCGUCAUGCUUCCUUUAGAGGAUGUUGUCAAGUUACUUCACGUUGUUCUCAUUCUUUGGGAUCACUACACGGUCACCGUUCAAGAGCAGGCUCGAGAGAUGCUGGUUCAUCUUAUUCAUGAAUUGAUCGCUGCAAAGAUCGAGGAUGAUGCACCUGUGGAAACACGUCAGUCAAUUGAAGACUUCGUGGAAUCCAUUCGCAACAGUGAUCCCAAAGUAGUUUGGGAUUAUGACGAUACCACCGACAAGGAGGAUGGGGAUGAUGGAAGUCGAGUACCAUCGUCAAUGUCUAGCGUGACUCGUCAGGUUGUUGACUUUUUCAGUCUCGCUUACGAAGGGAUCAAUGAUCUUUGGGCGAAAGAGGCAUUAAAUUGGGCAACCUCAUGUCCAGUACGCCAUCUUGCCUGUCGGUCGUUCCAAGUUUUCCGCUGCAUUUCAACGUCCUUGGAUUCUCGGAUGCUUGCCGAUAUGCUCGCUCGACUGUCUAACACGAUUGCGGACGAGGAAUCCGACUAUCAAACUUUCUCCAUGGAGAUUCUAACUACCCUGAAAAUCAUCAUUAGUUCUCUGGCUCCGACGGAUCUGCUGCGCUACCCCCAGCUGUUCUGGACCACCUGCGCAUGUCUCAAUACUAUUCACGAAACCGAGUUCAUCGAAAGUAUCGGCAUGCUGGAGAAGUUCUUAGAGAUCAUCGAUUUCAGCGACCCAAUGGUAGUCACGACCCUCAUUGAGGGUCAGCCUCCAAAAUGGGAAGGCGGAUUUUAUGGCCUCCAAAGCUUUCUCUACAAAGGUUUGAAAUCGACAGAAUCCCUUGGUCGGACACUGGAUGUUUUGCAUCGGCUCAGCGCGCUUCCCAACAACGAACUUAUUGGUGAUGGCAAUAGAUUACUAUUUACAAUCUUGGCUAACCUAUCCCACUUCCUUCACCAUUUCGACCCUGAUGUUAAUGACCCGAAGGCACUUGCUCGUGCUACUUUGCUCGCUCGCGUGGCGGAGGGUGAGAGAUGCCUUCGCCUUGCAGCCUCCUUACUUGGAUUUGCCAAUGGACAAUACAAAGCAGAAAGUGACUUCCUGAGCCACAUAAUCACUGAGAUCCGCUCGUAUUAUUUCCCACGCGAGGAGGUUCAAAGUCUUAUUUUCCUCAUGGGCCUAUUGACCAACACGACCGGUUGGUUCCGUGUCAAGCUCAUGAAGAUUCUUUGUGUCUUGAUCCCCGAGAUCGAUAUGCGACGGGGAGAUGUCACCUGCCAUGGGCCGGAUUUGAUCUCUCCCCUUCUGCGACUUCUGCAAACCGAUCUCUGCCCACAAGCUCUGCAGGUCAUGGAUCAUAUCAUGACUGUCUCGGGAAAUCCCAUGGAACGUCAUCAUAUCCGAAUGAGUAUGGCGUCCUCUUCAUCAUCGCGAGCCAUUCGCAAGGAAUAUGAGCGCAUUCAAAGUCUGUACGGCAUACCAGAACCUACUGGAUGGUCGAUUCCUAUGCCUGCUACGCAAUCAAGUAUCACGCGAAAUAACGUCCACGCCGUGUUCUAUACCUGCGCUGAAGUCGACCACAUGGAGGCGCAAGUAACUGCAACGCCCGAAGUUGAAUUCCAUGCUGACGAGUACAACGACACUUUCUUCCCCAUGCGAGCUGAUACCAUGAAGUCGAUCGAAACCCAGACAGACGGCAACAUGGGGGACAUUGUGCAGAAGCUGGAUAGUUUAGAUGACUUUUUCGAGGAGACCGAGCCGAUAAACCCGGGGCUCCAUUCGGCAUCUGACCCAAUCUUACAGGGAUUCACUGGAAGCUACGCGGAUACCAGUGCCAAUCUCUAUGAUCAACAAACGGCUCCUAUCCUGCGAAAGUCUCUUGCGCGAACUGCUUCAACGUCGUCGUUCCACAAUGGUCUCGCAGAGUCUCGGCCUUCGAAUGUUCGCCCUGAAAAUGCCAGUGCGAACCCCCAGCCCCAGGGUACGUUGACACCGCAAGCAUCUAGCCAAACAUUACGACCAGUAUCGCACACCCGCUCGGUUACUUCCCCAGCCAAUAAUCUAUUCCCUCAAAUAUCAAACGGUCCUCAGCAUUCCACGCCGCCUAUUGGCUUCAAUGAAUCGGCAUUCCUUUCUGAUGACGAAGCCGAGGAUGGGCUUUCCGACUUCGAUGAGCGGUUUACGGUUCAUAAACCGAUAGCGCACCCUAUCAGUCAAACACGCAGUGUCACAGAUGGAUCCUCGUCACUUGAGUCCAUGAUUCGAAGUGGUAUGAGACGACUCACUGGUGGUACUGCCACCAACCGGGAAAAGGAGCGCCAACGAGAGCUCAUCCGAGCACAGCAGCGUGCUGUCAACCAGACGGCUAGCUCGCCACGAGUGCCAAAAGUACCUGUGGAAUACCUCCCAAGUAAUCCGGCCUCUCCUGGACAGUAG